CAAACAUACACAAAGGAAAUUUAAAACAAAACGAUGCCACCGAAAAUGUCGAAAAUACGGUCAACGAAUAAACAACUACGGGUUUUGGCGGAAUACAUGUCGCAGAACUCCCGCUUCGCAAAUCGGGAGUACGACGGUCCACUAGGAAACCAGCGGUACGAGGCGCAGUGGGAGAGCCUCGCCGCCUUAUUAAGAGAGCACGGGCCGGACAAACCUGUGAAGGCUUGGAAAGUGACAUGGCGUGACAUGUGUCGCAAAGCAAGGCGAAGCAACGCUGCUGUCAAUCGGGCAAGAAACGUAACGGGUAAUGUUAUGAACAUCCCUGACAUUACCGAGGAAGAGGCGCUCGUUCUGGACGCUAUUGGAAAGGACACCUCAGAAGGAGUGGGUCCCGAGGAGUCCACAAUUGGUGAUGUAUGUUCUGACACUUAUAUUUUCUAAAAUUUUUUAACAGCAUACAUCAGAAGGACCAUGGUACUUUAAAAUAGUGCAAACGCAAAUGAAAAGCAAAUAUACCUGAAAUAUUAUUAAAGGUAGUCCUUUGCAGUGUAGUAAAACUCCAAAUGGCCCAGUCGUUCCGGUGUAAGCUUAUCAGAUAUCGAAGCACACUAAGGUUACUAGAAAAGUUAACUUUUUCUGUUAUAUUAAAGUUUUUAUAAGUAAUUGCGAGACCGAUUUUACGUAUCCUUGCCGGGGCCAUGCAUGCAUGGCCAGGCCCGGCAAGGCCAA